AUGGAUGAGACCAUUGAAAGAGAAGUGCAGGCAUGUGAGGAAUGUCAUAAACACCACAAGUCACCACCCACAGCACCAUUACACCCGUGGGAGUGGCCGGAGUCACCAUGGUCCAGGAUCCAUGUGGACUAUGCGGGGCCUUUCCUUGGGAAGAUGUUUCUAAUCAUUGUGGAUGCUCAUUCCAAGUGGAUGGACGUUUACCCUGUGAAAUUCUCUACAUCACAGGUGACUAUAGAGAAACUGCGACAGAGUUUCAGUGUGUUUGGACCACCUAAAAUGUUAGUUUCAGACAAUGGAACAUGUUUCACAAGUGCUGAAUUUGAGUCAUUCAUGAAGCAGAAUGGAAUUGACCAUGUGAGGUCAGCACCUUUCCACUCUUCUUCAAAUGGGCUGGCUGAGAGGGCGGUCCAGACCUUUAAGGAGGGGAUGAAGAAAGUCAAAGGUGAUACCUUGCAAACCAGACUGUCCAGAUUCCUGUUCAGUUAUCACAUCACACUGCAUGCCACUACUGGUUUAUAACCUGCAGACUUGAUGAUGUCACGGAAGCUCAGAUCAGUUUUGGACUUGCUCAUG